GUGUCUCCAUCGUGUUUCCGCUUUCUGUCCUUCAUAGAGUCUGUAGCUUUGCGUCAGCUAGCAACUUUAAAACAUUUCAGUUAUGGCCAAACUGAGUAAAGAGACGAAGCAGCGGCUGCAACAGGUCUUCCAGUGCGGGCAGUUUGUUAUUCGGUGGGGUUUUAUCCCCACUGUUCUUUAUCUAGGGUUCAAGCGUGGAGCAGAUCCUGGAAUGCCAGAACCCACGUUUCUAAGUUUGCUUUGGGGAUGAAGGAGCGGUGAUGAAGCACUCCUGCAGAAGACCAAAUCGUCCCUACAUCUCUUAAACAGCCGAGGUGUUGAGUCGUCAUCUCGGAAGAGACACUAUGCCUGCACAUGUCCUUGAACUCAGUUUCAGCACUGUUUCCAUUUUCCUCCUUCAUCUCCCUGUUUGGGAAAGUUGUUUUUAAACACGUCUGGAUCAUUUUGUAUUUUUGCCAUUCGUAAUUUAUUCCCUCCAUUCAAUUUUGCUCAAACUUGCUCUUGUAUCAGUGUUUACACCAAUAUGAACGAAUAAAUGACAAAAACAGCA